AUGAAUAAAACUAUAUUAGAAAAUAAUCAUAAAUCUCGAAAUGGUAAUAGUGUGAUAUCUCGCAUUAUUAAACAAGUGUCAAAUAAAAAAAUUCAGAUCUCUUUCCAUCAAUUACUAAAAAUAGUGAAACCCGAGAUUCAGCAGGAUAUUAUAAACUCGAUAGCAAACCCAGAUAUUUCUCGAAGAAAUCGUAUACUAUGCAAGGCUAAAAGAAAAAAGAAAUUUUUUAAUGAUACCACAUCUGAGUUCUCAUCCUUAUCUUUAUCUGGGUCUAGUUAUGAAUGGUCUAAUGAUGAAGAUUUUGCUAUAAAUAUGGUGAAAACAAAGAAGUGUGCUGGAGUAUACAAAGUUUUCCCAAUGGUCCUUACUAAUAAUAUCAUAUCCUAG